AUGUGGUCGGUGAACCAGAGCAAGGAGUUUGAAUUUCUGUUCCUGGGAUUGUUUGAAGCCUCGGGGUCUCGGAUCCCCCUGUUUGUGCUCUUUCUCCUGGUUUAUCUGAUGACCCUGGUGGGGAACGUCCUCAUCAUCUUCCUGAUCUUCAGUGACCCUCGGCUCCACACGCCCAUGUAUUGGUUCCUGAGUAAUCUUGCUUGUAUAGAUGUCUUAUACUCAUCUGUCACUUCUCCUCGAAUGCUUGCAGACUUCUUCUCUAAGAAAAGGACCAUCGCCCUGUCCGCCUGCAUCACCCAGUUCUUCUUCUUCUUCUCCUUUGUCUGCAUUGAGCUUUACUUGUUGGCUGCGAUGUCCUACGACCGAUACGUCGCCAUCUGCCAGCCUUUGCAUUACAUUCAAAUAAUGCACCCCAAGUUCUGUGGCCAGAUGGCGUCCGCAGCGUGGACUACUGGCUUCCUCACAUCUCUGAUUCAUACCCUUUGCACCAAGAGAUUAACCUUUUGUGGGCCAAACUCCAUUAACGGCUUCUUCUGUGACUUGCCGCAGCUGUUUUUGCUUUCUUGCACCAGUACUUUUAUCAACGUGCUGGUGAUGUUUGCGGUCGGUAUACUGAUGGGAUCGGGGGCUCUGGGAAUCACGUUUGUUCCGUAUAUUCAUAUUUUCAGAACCAUUAGUGGAAUAAAGAGCAUAAAGGGCAAGCUGAAGGCAUUUUCCACGUGUACCUCGCAUCUGAUGGUGGUUUUUAUUUUCUACGGUACCCUUAUCUUUACCUACCUUCGUCCUGCCCCAAGUUCAUUUUCAGACGACCGGCUGGUGUCCGUUGUGUACACCAUCCUUACGCCUCUGUUAAACCCCCUUAUUUACAGUUUGAGGAAUAAAGAUCUGAAGGAAGCCCUGGGGAAAGCCUUGCAUAAAAUGCCAUGUGUAAGGAUCAGUACGAAGUCCAUACCAUCUGAUCAGAGGAUGGACCAUGAAGCCAAACCGAGGGGCUGA